AUGGAUAAGGGGCCCCACUGGAUCACACCAUCAGCUCUACCGAGUAUUCUCGAGCUUGCUGAUGAGGAUGGCAUUGAUAUCGUUCACACGGAAGACGAGAGCGAGUCUGAAUACUCUCAAACGGAGUCGGAUCGUGUUUUCGUUGUGCCGGAUGAAGGAUCUGAAGCCACGGGGGACAAUGAAUAUGAGCCCCCAGAGAUUAUUUCUACAACUUCAUCCGACGAAGAAGACGAUGAACCUGCACCGGAGAUACUCGGCCAACGUCAAGUCGUGCGUCGUCGGGGAAUUGUAACCCAAUUCGAAGUAAAAAUGUGGAUUGAUAGUGACCACUGGAAUUUUCUAUUGGAGCUUAUCAGGGCUUGCGCAGAAGCCGAUGAAAUUGAAUAA